GAAUUCCACGCAGACACACAAGCUCAGGAUUAAAGUGAGAACCCUGGAGCUGAGAAGAGGCGACACUACAGACUCCACCACUGUGCUGCCCGGAUUAGAGAAUACACAGAUGAAGUGAGACGCUUGGGAUCAUCACUGUGAGCACACUGUUGCGCCGGUUCCCUGGGCGGGAAUCGAACCCGAGCCACAGCAGUGAGAGCACUGUGACCUAACCACUAGACCUCCAGGGACCCUAAUGUACUAGAGAGAACAAGGAAGAACCUCGCAUGGACUGCAGGAGUGGAGUACACUCAAAAGCGACAGAUCACUUCAUCUGGCCCACGUUCUGCAUGUCGUACUGAGCAAUUUUAUUCUGCACAAGAUGUCCAGUCAGAACGAGUGUUACUAUGGGGAGCAGAUGGGUUUUUUUUACAAGAAAACCAAUUCGACCACUGAAAACUGGGAGUCCACGCAUCUGAUUGUGCUUCAGUGUGUGGGCUGCAUCUUCUGUUGCUUCAUCCUGGUGUCCAACGCAAUGGUCAUCACCGCUGUAAUCACCAACAUCCGGUUUCACUACGCAUUCUAUUAUCUUGUGGCCAACCUUGCUGCCUCAGACCUUCUUGCUGGGAUCGCAUAUUUGUAUCUCAUUUUCAACACUGGUGCAGUGUCCCAAACACUGACUGUGCAGAAGUACUUUCUUCGGCAGGGCAUGUUGGACACAAGCCUCUCGGCCUCACUUGCCAACCUGCUGGUGAUUGCUCUGGAGCGCUACAUCUCCAUCAUGAACUGGAAAGUACACAGUAACCUUACAAAGCGGCGGGUAACCCUCUUGAUCGUGCUGGUUUGGGGCUUCUCCAUCAUUAUGGGUGCAGUACCAAGCCUGGGCUGGAACUGCAUCUGCAGUAUUGACCAGUGCUCACUGCUGGCACCAAUCUUCAGCAGGAGCUACCUGAUCUUCUGGUCUGCAUUAAACCUGGGGAUUUUCAUCAUAAUGGUAGCCAUAUACAUAAGGAUAUAUGUCUAUGUUAUGAAGAAAACACGUGUCUUAAAUGACCAUGCCACUGGAUCUUUGAAACGCAAGAAGACACCAAUCAAGCUCAUUAAAACAGUGAUGACUGUAUUGGGGGUGUUUGUGAUCUGUUGGACACCUGGUCUUGUUGUGCUCCUCCUGGAUGGCUUAAAAUGUGAGCAGUGUAAUUUGCUGAAGUUUAAGCGGUGGUUUCUUCUUCUGGCUGUCCUCAACUCUGUGAUGAACCCUAUCAUAUACUCUUACAAGGACGAAGAAAUGUGGGCCACCAUCAAGAAUUUGCUGCGAUGUGUAUGUAAUGGCACCCGUCGCCAGAGGUCAUCUAGGGCCAACACUCGUCAUACCACCUCAAGCACAGAAAUGAGUACCAGUCUACGUCUCUCAGAGGAGAAAAAGACAACACAGGACAUGCUGAAGACCUAAUAGCUCUGCUUUUUUACAUGGCAAUGAAUUUUCAUGUACAGUUUCCUUCUGAACAAUGUCAUGCGAAAAAUCCAACCGCUCCUUUUAAAUGGUGUGAUUUGUUAUUAGCAAGAGACUUAAAGCAUCAUUGUUCUGUUUGACCUCAAUAAUUUGUUAGUACUGUACUUUCAGGUUUUUUUUUUUUUUUUUUUUUGAGUGCCGUAGAAAUUGUAUAGUAUGUUAACCUUGAGCCUGAGUUGAAUUUUUUUUUAUUAUUUUAUGUGUGUGGUACUAUAAGUCAUGUGUCUUUUUACGUAUAAGUCUAGCACUUUUUUUUUAUUAUUAUAUCUAUAAAAAUGAAAUGCACAAAUAGCCAGAACUGUGGAUUUGUAACUACUGUGUUUUAUUUUAAAGCUAAUCUUCUCAUUGGUUUGAAUAUAAAGUACAAUUUAUUGAUACAAAUGUGUUUCUCAAUUUUAUAUGGACUCAACAAAGGCCACCAGGGCCUUCAGUUCUUUAUGAGCUCCAACAUGUCAUCAACCAGAGGAAAGGACUCAGAGAAUCACAGUAUCACAGACCAAAAACAAGACAGUCUGUCCCAUUUAGAUCUUUUGUACAAGCCUUUAAAAAUUCAUUCAAUCACUCAUUCAUUAACCACUUUAUCCUGCUAGGGCUUGCAGUCCUUGGAAACUGAGCAUGAGGCAAAAAUACACCCUUAUAUGGGAUGCCAGUCCAUUGCAGGCUUUUCAAACUGUUAUUCAGUAGUCUCUGCCUGCCUUGACAAGUCCCAACAGUAUGCUACUACAUCUAGACUCAUAGUUUUACCAAGGAGCUGACUAGAGCCAAGAUGAACUGUUGUGCAACCUGCAUGAAAAUAAAAAAGACACGCCGCCUUCUUGUGUCUCUGUGGUUAGCUGUGUCUAGGCACGUCUUUCCCACAUUUCAACGUAGUAAAGUGAUAUAGUCAUCCUAAAAAUCGUGGGAAUAUUACAAAAGACAAUGCUACAAAGAAAUAAGACAACAAUCAAAAGAUUUCCUUUCUUUAAUAUGGCAUUUAUAAUCCAAGGUAAGAAGAAAUACCAGCGCAGACACAGGCAUGGCUGCGAACCUGUUUUUCCUCUUCUAUCAGUGGGAUGGUCUCAGAUGCAUUACUCAUUGCCCCAGUCUGACGCAAUGCAUGCUGUGGCUGACUAUGUGAGUUUAGGUGGUAUUGCAACCUUCUACAUUAUUGUAGGCAUACCUUAUGUCAUGUCAUACUAAAAUCCCUUGGACCUUUGUACAGAUUUUUGUGGAAUAACCCGCUUUACUGUCUCUUCCAUGCUUAGGAGUGAAUCCCAGGGCCCUUUCAACAUGAACUUAUGCAACUCCUCAUCAUGUGAAUCAAGUCAGUUUGUCACGUUAAUAAAAUGCAUGAAUUGCCCUUCCUGUGAAGAUCGCAAUCUCACAGUAAUUAUGACCAACCACAUUUUUAUUAAUAGCUGCUGUAGAGAGAAAGCAUAUACAUACUGAAAACACAUGCAAGCGCCUCGUUAUAGUAUCUAAUAUUCAUUCAGUGGGCUGCAUCUUGAGAUGUCAAGGUGAAUUGGUCCUUUUGAGUCUAGGUGCUUUCCUGGUCACAAUUGCUAAUUGACUGCAUUCGGAGAAAAUUGUUGGCUUUUGGUUGCUAUGGUACCUUGUGAUGUAUACAGAUAGAGUGUCAGUUAGGGCGGAAGAGCAGAGCUUAUCUGAACAGCUGAGAAAAAGGUACGAAAAGCACAAGCAGG